ACUUGAAUGAUACAUAAAUGAGUAUUAUGUCCAAGCAACAUAUUCGUGUGAGCUAAGAAGCUGUUAUGCCAUUCGGAUAAUAUUUGCAGUGAAGGAUAUGGGUAAACCAACUAAAAGGAGACCAGUAAGGUUUAAUUGUGCCCCAGGACGACACAGUAAGAUAGCCACUAGAAGGUAUGCCAAAGCCAAUGAAAAUAUUAGGAGGCGGUUAGAGUCAAUGUCACAGCCGAGAGCGGGUAAACCCUACAAACUGAAGCACUCUGUGAAAAUCGUUAAUGGACAAGUAAGUGCUAAACUUGUUGUUAAAAGACUUCCAAGGUUUUCAUCUCCAGGGAAGACAUUGCACUCUGUGGUUCAUCCACAAAAACCCACACUGUACAUACAUUCCUCAGAUAGGCUUGCACCUGAUGGUUAUAGGUUGUUCAACCUUGGUCUUCUACAAAAAGCCUUUUCAGAUGUUGUUCAGCACACAAUUACAUGUACUGCUGCAGGAGAGAUAAGUGUGACUGGUAAAUCACCCAUUUCUAAUAUGUGGGAGAAACCAAAAUGUGGAAUGGCAAGUGUAUUCGAAUUGUCAUGUGUUUGUGGCAAACUUUUCCAGUUGGAAAAUUCUCCUUCCAUUUCCCUUCAGAGUGGUGACUCGUGUCACGAUGUAAACCUGCGAGCAGUAUGGGGAGCAAUGGUUACCGGUGGUGGAGCUUCAAACCUCAGUGAAUUGUUUGGAACCAUGAAUGCUCCAGGCAUUUCACAACCGAAAUUUUCCCAAAUUGAACAUAUUAUAGGGUCAAUGUGGAACAAGUGUUUGCAGGAGGAUAUGAUAGCUGCAGGUGUUGAAGAACGGAGACUUGCCAUUGAACGGGGAGAUUUGCAUGACGGUGUACCAGCAAUAACUGUGAUAUGUGAUGGUGGAUGGUCCAAACGGACACAUAAGCAUACAUACAAUGCUUUAGGUGGUGUAGGGGUCAUCUUUGGUGCAGCCACAGGGAAAUUGCUUCAUGUCGGGGUCAAAAACAAGCACUGCUACAUAUGUACAAUUGCUGAGUCAAGAAAUGAGGAGCCAGCACAGCACGAGUGCUUUCGAAAUUGGAGUAGCAGUAGCCAGUCAAUGGAGGUGGAUGUUAUAUUAGAUGGCUUUUUGAAAGCGGAGUCUACGCAUGGAGUUCGAUAUAUGCGCCUUAUUGCUGAUGGUGACAGCAGUGUAUUCGCUACAAUCCAGGAGUGUGUUCCUAUUUGGGGAAGAGAGGUUUCGAAGUUGGAAUGUGCAAAUCAUAUUUGUAAAUGUCUUAGAUCAAGUUUGGAAAAGUUGGUGGUAGAUAAGCCGGCAUACAAGGGGAAAGGUAGAUUGACCAAAUUUAUGAGAGUCAGACUGACAACAGCUGUAAGAUGUGCCAUCCGACUUCGAUCAAAAGACGAGGACAAGAUUCAGGCAGCCCGUCAGCUAGAACAUGAUGUUCGCAACUCCGUCCAUCAUGUUUUUGGUGACCAUUCACAUUGUAGUGACUUUUGCAAGUCAAGGAGCCCUCCAACAAACACAUCAACUGUACAUGUGUCAUCCAAGUCCGCCCCAACAUCAACAACCACUUGUGGAACAUCCAGUUCAGAAGAAGGUAUUACAGAGGACAUUGAUACUGUUUGUGACCUUAUAGACGAUCAGCGGAAUUUGUGGUUAGAUGGAACAUCUGAGAAAGAUAUGGAUGACAGCAGGUAUGGUGUAAGUGAUCAAUUUUCUUUGGAGGCAGAUAUGUUGCGAGACAUAAGUGUUCUGCUAGACAGAAUAGCAAGCAAGAGUAGGAGGUUGCUGGGUAAUUUUACCACAAAUCUUGCCGAGAGUUGGAUGGCCAUCCGCUGCAAAUUUGAUGGUGGGAAAAUUUAUAACCGGUGCAAUAGAGGAAGUUGGCACUCCCGCUGUUAUGGAGGAGCACUCAGGAAAAAUUUUGGACCUGCUUGGUCACCCCUUGUUUGGCACAGGAGCACAGGUGUAUCACCUGGAUCUUCAUUCACAAGUCUGUACAGGCGAAGAUCUCUACAGUUGCUGCAUAGCAUCAAAUCCAAAGGUAAACUAGAUGUCCAAGCUCGUAAGAGAAAGCGGAAACUAGCGUCAUGUGCUGCAAACAACACCAAGAAGGCUAAGCGGUCUUAUGGAGCUGGUGCUAUUGAUGUUGUCCCUGAUAUUGAGCCAGAUGACUUGAAGUUAAAGUGUGACAGGUUCCUGAAAACCCAAGUUGAGAGAGAUAACCCUCAUUGUACCAUGAUAGAGGAAGUAACCCGAGCACAGAGCCACAGUGUUACCUGGCAGGAGGAGAGAAAAAAACGUCUGACGUCUUCCAUCUUUGGUGAAAUCAUACAUAGAAAUCCCAAAAGACCAGUUGCUCCGCUUGUGUCGCGCUUGAUCUACCCUUCUUUUCGAGGAACAAGGUUUACCAUGUUUGGAUUGAAUGCAGAAUUUCCUACUAUCAAGGAAUAUAUACAGAAAAAGGAAGAAAAUCAGGAAGUGGUUAAAGUGGAGAAAAUAGGUCUUGUUAUUGACAUGGACAACAAAUACCUUGGUGCUAGUUCCGAUGGGAGAGUUGUACCUUCAACAGGACCUAGUGGCCUCUUGGAGAUCAAAAACCUGCUGCAAAAAAACACCUUGACUUUCAUGGAAGCUGCUACAACAAUGAAGGCUUUUUGUUUGGAGGUAGUCAAUGGGUCUCUUCAGUUGAAAAGAAAACAUAAUUACUUCUACCAAUGUCAAGGCCAACUCAAUGUGAUAAAAAUGCCGUGGUUAGACUUUGUUGUUAGACGCACUAAUCCAAACCAGAUUUACAUUGAACGCAUAGAAAGGGAUGAACAUCUAUGGCAUACAGUGAUGCUUCCUAAACUUCGCGCAUUCUAUAUGAAAGCAAUGCUGCCAGAACUAGCUCACCCUAGAGAACAUACAAGCACAGGCAUACGUGAACCCCACCUCCCUUGGUUUGAUUCCCCUACUACCAAUAGCAGCAAGAGAGGAAAGUCUUCACAGCAAAAGAAACAAUCUGCAUCAACAACACCACAAGAACAUGUACAAGAAGGAACUUCAGCUCCUACAUCACCAAAGCCUGGACCAUCUGGAGUGAGUACCCGAACUCGAAGGAGUUGUGCCAAAUUUGUAGGAAGGAGAAUACUUCAUGAAUGGUGUGUAGAUGAAGCUGCUGGAACAACACAAUGGUACAAGGGCAGAGUGCUUGAUGUACUGAAAGGCAAAGACGGUCAGCCUACUGCUACAUAUGAAGUGUUAUAUGAUGGUGAAGAAGAACCUGUGCAAGUACAAAAUCUCCAGCAAGAUCUGCAAUCCUCUUCCUUGAAAUUUAUAGAUAUUUAAGACAUCAGCUGAGAACCUGGACCCAAGCAUUCCUGCUGACACCUGAAAUGUGAGUUUUCUUGUUAAUUAAUUAUUGUUUUUUUUAAAAAUCAUUUCCAAAAUGUUUUCUUCUAAGAAUACUCAGCACUAGACAAAUAAGUGUUGCAACAAUUGUGUGUUUCCUUCAAUUUCACUGUGUCAUAUUUUGACCUCAUUCUCCU